GGGAGGGAUGGGUGGUUGGACUCUCCGGUUACAUCCCUGUGCUCUGACCCGGCUCCUGUAAUCCAGCCCGGUGCAGGGUUUAAUUAAUGAAUAGGGGUUGGAGGUACAGGGAGCUGGUGGAAAGCGAUGCCAGGGGAUGGAGAGCGGAGCAGCGGGAUCACAUCCAUCACGCCGGCAUGUGGCCAAGGGUUUGGAGAGACCGGGGAUGCUGGGGUGCGGAGAAGGGGUGUUUUCCGGAGCAGUGUGCAUGGGACGGAGGGGAAACCAGGGAGAGCUGACCAUGAAAUGUUUACUUUGGCUGGGAGGAAGCUCGUAGCAAGCCAGCUACAAGUUAAUAUGGCCCUGGUGAGGAGGAAGAGGAGGAAGAAGGAGGAGGAGGAGGCAGAGAUGACUCUGCUCUCAGCUGGAGCUUUGUGGAUCCCUCCCCUUGCUCCUCACGCCUGCUCCAUGCCCAUAAAUUAUUUAAGUGCUUUUGCUUCCCUGCAUGAAAUAUUCAGCCCGGUGCUGAGUGAGAUGGGGGGGUUUGGAGGGAGAAGAGCACACGGAGCCACUGGUGGGUACUGGGUGAUGGGGAUGGUCAGGGGUGAGGGGUCUUUGGGGUAGAUAGAAAUCACCCUGGGACUGGCAGGGUGACGGGGUCUUGUGUCCCCCCCUGCAGCCAGGAGCUUUCAUUGAUGCUUUUUAAGGAGAGGGCCACACUCUGCUCAUGUUUGUGCCCACAAUGGUGUAAGAGAUGAUUUCUGGGGUGUCCUCAUUUAGAUGGGGGCUGAGUUUGCAGCCGGGUGUUGGAUGAGAUGCUCGUAGGUGGCAGCCUGGCACGUGGCUGUCCCCAGGGGAGCCCACGGCUGUGUCACCACAUCCGCACCUCACACAGGACAUCCAGCCCCCAGGGCUGCAACCUCCCCAUUGAAACCUGCCAAAUGGGUGGAAAACCCUCCAAAAAACGGUUGUGACUCCCCAAAGCCACCAUUGGGACCUCAGCUCUUCCGGAGCAGGGAGGAACUCGGCGAAAGCAACGCCCGGCUGCUCUGUUUUGGGAGAAGAAGCUGGUUUUUGAGGGCGUUUUCAUUAAAAAGAAGAAGGCGGGUAGGAAACAAACAAGGCCUGAGCAGGGCUGGGAAGUUCAGCAGCAGGAAGGAAACCGAGUGGUUUAUUUCGGUCUCGAGUCUGCUCGGUGGGGCAAAGCUUUGCCUCUUCCUCGCGCCGAUAGCAGCCCCUUGGCGAACAAUGGGGCUGCGGGGCCCUUCCCGCCAGGAAAACAGCUCGUUCCGGUGAAACCUCCCGGUUGGUGCUGAGUCAGCAGGUCCUGGUGGGACAGACGGUGCCGGGUUCACAGGCCCGGUGCCGAGUGGGAGCGGACGUGCCAGGAGAGAUGGACACCUUCAGCACCAAGAACCUGGCCCUGCAGGCCCAGAAGAAGCUCUUGAGCAAGAUGGCUACUAAGACCAUAGCCAAUGUCUUCAUUGAUGACACCAGCAGCGAGAUCUUGGAUGAGCUCUACCGGGCCACCAAGGAGUACACCCACAACCGCAAGGAGGCACAGAAAAUCAUCAAAAACCUCAUCAAGAUUGUGAUGAAGUUGGGUGUUCUCUACCGCAACGGGCAGUUCAGCCCCGAGGAGCUGCUGGUGAUGGAGCGCUUCCGCAAGAAGGUCCAUACCUUGGCCAUGACGGCCGUCAGCUUCCACCAGAUAGACUUCACCUUCGACCGCAGGGUCAUGUCGGGUGUGCUCAUGGAGUGCCGGGACCUGCUGCACCAGGCUGUCAACGGCCACCUCACGGCCAAGUCCCACUCCCGCAUCAACCAUGUCUUCAACCACUUUGCGGACUAUGAGUUCCUCUCGGCUCUCUACGGGCCAUCCGAGCCCUAUCGCACCCACCUGAAGAGGAUCUGCGAAGGGGUUAACAAGAUGCUGGAGGAGGACAACAUAUGAAGUUGGCCAAGGCAGAAUGUGUGCUUGUUUUGAGCAUCACCAGGCUCGACAUCCUCUUCUCUGCAUCACUACCCCGUUUUCUCCUUGUUUCUACACCAAACUGAACCUCUUGACUGUGUCUAACCCUUGGCCAGGGUCUGCAAACCCUGCCCUGUGCUGGGCUGAGCCCUUCCCAGGUGAUCCUGGGCUUCUGGGCUCCUGCUGUACAGUUUGAUUUCCUUUGUCCACGAAGUGCUCUUAGCUCCGAGUCCAAGGAACUGGACUCCUCACCUUGAACUCUAUCGUAACUCUUCUGGGGGAAACCCAAACCAAAGACUCUUGGUGUGUAACGCCUCUCAGGGGUCUCUGAGCGGGUGGGCAUUUGUUUGGAGGAACAGUUGUGAGGGUUGUGGAGCCCUGUGGUUUUCUUUCAGCAGCUCCACGACAUGGUGGGAGCAAAUCAUGGUCCAGACUUUUGUUGCACACAGGGUGGGAAGGUGUUUCUGCACCUUGCAGGCCUCUUCAAAGACGAGUCCUGGGGACCAGAAGGAUCCCACGUCACCUGUCCCUGGGAGCAGGGAGGGAGCUGCUCCUUCCCUACAUCCCAGGUACACCCCUUCAUCCAAGACACAAAUCCCCCCUACCAGCCUCCCGCAAUGGUACCACUGUGACGGCUCCAGUGCUGCCUUUGGUGGUUGUUCAAAGCUCUCCCAAGGAUUUCAUACAUUUCACGUGUCCUCGACUGAGUUCUGGUUGUGAUUUUUAAGCAAACUGUAGCCCUGAUGAGUUACUGAAAUAAACUCAUCUUUUAAAUGGA